GCAGCCUUGACACACGGGCGCGGAAUUUGUAAACAAAGCUAACAGCACCCCUUCUGUGGAGAUAUUACUUGAAUGUUUUAUAAUCAGAAAGUGGCAUGGCUUUCGUUAUCUCCGUCAGCUAACAUGCUAACAGCGGGGCAGUUGCCGGAAGGAGAAGCUGCUUCUGGGAAGAGCUGCGCAGCAUGCUGAUACUGCACCUCCUCGGGAGAUUCUCGGUUAGUUCGGGACUACCGUGGAUAAAACUCCAGAAAAGGUUUUUCUGGGGGACAGAGAUCCGCCGGUGCUCAGACACGCCGCAGGGGGCAGACAUGAUCCGGAACCGGACUCAAAUCAAGCGGGUCCUCUGUGUGGCCGAGAAGAACGAUGCAGCCAAAGGGAUCUCCGAGAUCAUGUCAAACGGCAGAGCCAGAAGGAGGGAAGGAAUGUCAAAAUUUAAUAAAAUAUACGAGUUUGAGCAUCAUCUCUUCGGUCAGAACGUGACGGUAACCAUGACAUCAGUGUCGGGUCAUCUACUUGGUUUGGAGUUUAAAGCACCGUUCCAGAAAUGGCACAGCUGCAAUCCUUUCCUGCUGUUUGACGCAGAGGUGGAGAAGUAUUGUCCAGAUAACAUGAUUCAGAUAAAGCGGACUCUAGAGAAGGAAGUGAGGCAGUGUCAGGUCUUGAUCAUCUGGACUGAUUGUGACAGGGAGGGAGAAAACAUUGGCUUUGAAAUUAUUGAUGUUUGCAAAGCAGUGAAACCUAAUUUGCAAGUCUUUCGGGCAAAGUUUUCUGAGAUCACUCCCAACUCCAUUCAGAGAGCUUGUGAGACCUUAACAGAGCCCGAUUCUAACGUGAGUGAUGCCGUUGAUGUCCGCCAGGAGCUGGACCUACGGAUUGGAGCCUCCUUCACGCGUUUCCAGACGCUUCGCCUGCAGAAGAUCUUCCCAGAGUCCCUGGCUAAUCAGCUGAUCUCGUACGGCAGCUGUCAGUUUCCCACUCUGGGUUUUGUGGUGGAGCGCUUCAAAGCCAUUCAAGCCUUCAUUCCUGAAACCUUUUACAAAAUCAAAGUGCUGCAUGAGGUAGACGAAGACUGUGUGGAGUUCAACUGGAAGAGGAACCGUCUCUUCAAUCACACGGCCUGCUUGGUGCUCUACCAGAUCUGCAUGGAGGAUCCCAUAGCAACAGUCACCUCAGUAACGUCCAAACCCAAGAGCAAGUGGAGACCGCUGCCUUUGGACACUGUGGAACUGGAGAAACUUGCAUCCAGGAAGCUCCGAAUAAACGCUAAAGAAACCAUGAAGAUAGCAGAGAAGCUCUACACCCAGGGGUUUAUCAGCUAUCCUCGCACAGAGACAAAUAUUUUCCCAGCCACCCUGGCCCUCACGCCUCUGGUGGAGCUACAGACUCAGAGCCAAGAGUGGGGGACAUUUGCUCAGAGAGUGCUGGCCCAGCCGGGAGGUCCCAACCCACGGCAGGGCAAAAAGUCAGACCAGGCCCACCCUCCCAUACACCCCACCAAGUACAGCAGCGCACUGCAGGGUAACGAAGCACGAGUGUACGAGUUCAUCGCUCGACACUUCCUGGCCUGCGUGUCCCAGGAUGCUAUGGGCCAGGAGACGGUGGUGGACAUAGACAUCGCUCAAGAGAAGUUCUCCACGUCAGGACUCAUGAUCAUUGCGAGGAAUUAUCUGGAUGUUUACCCGUACGACAGGUGGAGCACCAAGGUGAUCCCAGUUUAUGAGCAAGGCUCCCAGUUCCAGCCCUCUGCCAUUGAGAUGGUGGACGGACAGACAAGUCCACCACAGCUGCUCACUGAAUCUGACCUCAUAUCGCUGAUGGAGAGGCAUGGCAUUGGCACGGAUGCUACACACGCAGAGCACAUCGAGACUAUUAAGAGCCGCAUGUAUGUGGGACUGACAGCAGACCAGAGGUUUCUACCUGGAGAACUGGGCAUGGGACUAGUGGAAGGUUAUAACUCCAUGGGCUACGAGAUGUCCAAGCCAAACCUGCGAUCGGAGCUGGAGGCCGACCUGAAGCUGGUUUCAGAGGGAAGGAAGGACAAGCGGAGCGUACUUCAGCAGCACAUCCAGAAAUACAAAACCGUCUUCAUUGAGUCUGUCAGGAAGGCUAAAAAGUUAGAUGAAGCCCUGGUUCCCUACCUGGGUGCAGCUCAGGAGAUCAGCGAAGCAGAGCAGCAGGACAUGGAGAUCCCGCUGCCGGUGAGGAAGUGUCCUAGCUGUGGUCGAGACAUGGUGCUGAAAAAGAAGAGGGAGGGAAACAGCAGGUACCUGUCCUGUGUGGGGUACCCAUCCUGUAGGACAGCGGUUUGGUUCCCUGACAUGGUGCUCGAGGUCAACUGGGAUGAAAGCGUUUGUCCAACAUGUCAGCCGAGCCCCGUUCACAUGUUAAAGUUUAAGUUCCGCAGAGGCAGCCUGCCUCCCAUGAUGCCUCUGGAGUUUGUCGGCUGUAUCGGUGGUUGUGACGAGACUCUUAGAGAGGUUCUGGAUCUCAGAUAUCUCAGAACUGGAGGAGGAGGAGGUGAAGGAGGAGGAAAUGACCCUCCACCCCCAAGGCCUCCUAGACCUCCUAGACCAGAGCAACCUAGAACUUCCAAUCCUCAACCCUCCUUUCCUCCCGUCCCCUCCUGGACUCCACAACCAAGACCUCCACCAGGUGGCCGCAGUGCGAUCAUGGACCCUAGUAGUGAUGCAAUCGUGUGCAACUGUAGUCAGGAAGCAGUCCUCCUUACGGUACGCAAAGAGGGGCCCAAUCAAGGUCGCCAAUUCUACAAGUGCAACUCUGGCAACUGCAACUUCUUCCUGUGGGCCGAUCAGCCCGGUCAGCAGGGGCCGCAGACGAGUCGGGGGCCUUUACAGUCGGCACAGGGGAAUCCCCAGUCUCAGAGGCCCCCUCUGGGGUUUGGAAACACAUGCAGAGGAGGCAGAGGGCAGGAGGGGGGCUCAGCAGGACGCGUGGGACAAACGAUGUGCAACUGUAACGAGAUGGCGGUGACGCGUACGGUGCAGAAGGACGGGCCGAACAAGGGACGCAUGUUCCACACCUGUGGGAAACCACGAGAGCAGCAGUGUGGCUUCUUCCAGUGGGCCGAUGAAAACGUUCUCCCAACAGGAGGGUUUGAUGGUGGAUUUAAUACCUCUGGAGUUGGAGAGAAGAAGGGGAGGAAGCCGAGGGGAGACGGACCCCCCGCUGUGAAGAAGCCUCGCUCCUGCAGCAUCUGCCACGUCCCAGGACACACCCGGGCCACCUGUCCUCAGCGGUGACACCUGUCCGACACUCGACCUGACAGGAGGAGUUCUCCUUCAACCACCUACGCUUCCUGUAAACGAAAACCAAAAGCUCCAAAGAUAACGUUUUACUUUUGGCUGCUGUGUGACAACAGGAGGAGCGCCAAGAGCAGUUCUACUUUCACUUUUCACUUUUCUGCCUCACUUUUGCUGAGUAACGUUUCAAGAUGAGCGGCUCGUUUCUGGAUGGAAAGUGUUUAGUCCUAAACUAUAAAAGAUGUUUUUUUUUGGUUUUACAAAAACUGGAGAACGAGGCACUGAUUUAUUGCUGGGUUUCAAACGUAAAACUUUCAGACAUUUGCAUAACUUGAACCAAAAGAAAGGUUUUUUAUGGUCGUUUUGCUGCUGAAGGAGAAAGGAAAUGUGGAAGCACAGGAAGCAGCAACACAUCACACAACGAGGUGAUGAACUCCUUUUAAACCCGAAGGUGUUUGUCGCCACAGUGAAGCUGAAAACUUCUGCGGUUCGUUGGGAAUUUGCUCCUCUUGUGUUUAAACGAGGUCAGGUUGUGACUUUCAACACGUAAUUAGUUUUAAACUUGAUUAUUUCCACCAUAAAGCAGACGGGUAUUAUUAUUAUUAUUGUUAAUAUGAAGGCAAAUUUAAAAAUGUUCCUUUUUUGUCUUAAAACAUAAAAGUUGAAUAUUUGCCAUCU